GAGUCCGCCCUGCCUGCCGCCCUCCCGGGAGCCUUUCCCGCGGCGGCGAGGCGAUGCCGGGCAACCGGCAGCCGAGGGUCCGCUCGGGGAACGAGCUGCGUGCCGCGCCCGCCGCGGAGCCGGCGGGGCCCGGGGCCUGGGCCCACAGCCGCGCCGCGCUCGCCCGGCUGGAGAAGCUGCUGCGCUGCUCGCGCUGCACUAGUAUUCUGAGGGAGCCUGUGUGUUUAGGAGGAUGUGAGCACAUCUUCUGUAGUAACUGUGUGAGUGACUGCAUUGGAACUGGAUGUCCAGUGUGUUAUACCCCGGCCUGGAUACAGGAUGUGAAGAUAAAUAGACAAUUGGACAGCAUGAUCCAGCUCUGUAGUAAGCUUCGGAAUUUGCUGCACGACCACGAGCUUUCAGAUUUAAAAGAAGAUACAUCUAGGAAAAGUUUAUUUGAUGAUGCAGAAAGUAAGAAGAAUUCAAUAAAAAUGUGGUUUAGUCCUCGAAGUAAGAAGGUCAGAUAUGUUGUGACUAAAGUUUCAGUGCAAACCCAGCCUCAAAUGAUAAAUGAUGAAAAUGCUCAGCAGGGCUCAGUGUAUGAAUAUGUUUCUCCAAGUCCUACAGGAGAUGGUUCAGAGACGGCUAAAAAGGCUCCUACAAGAUCUAGAAAAAAGCAAAAAAAGAAAACUUUAGCUGAAAUCAACCAAAAAUGGAGUUUAGAGGUAGAAAAAGAAGACAGUGAACUUGAUUCCAAAGAGGAAUGUAAGGAAAAGCUGGUAUCCUUCUGUAGCCAACCAUCUAUUAUUGCUAGUCCGCAGAUAAAUGGUGAGAUAGACUUACUAGCAAGCGGCUCUGUAACAGAAUCCGAAGGUUUUGGAAGCUUAACUGAAGUCUCUUUACCACUGGCUGAGCAAAUAGAGUCUCCGGAAAAUAAGAGCAGGGAUGAAGUAGUGACUCCUGAGAAGAAUCUCUGUGAAAAGUAUCUUUCGUCUAAGAAAUCCUUGCCAUUAGGUCAUAAUGGAAAACGUGGGCGUCACAACAGACUUUCCAGUCCCGUGUCUAAGAGAUGUAGAAACAACGUUCUGAGCACCGGUGGAAAUUCUGUCAAGCAAACAAGGCUCUCAGAAAACACACCAUUGCCUGGCUGUUCUUCACCACCUUCAAGCAAACUUAAAGUUGAUGACACGUUAGGGAGGAAAAGCAGUAUUCUAGCGGAUGAAUCUGUUAGUCUUUCACCAGGUACACCACCUUCUACACUGAAUAGUUCAAGUUACAGACGAAUGAUGUCCAGCCCCUCAGCAAUGAAGCUGUUGCCUAGAAGCCUUAUGGCUGUGAAAAGAAAUCAUAGAGGAGAGACUCUGCUCCAUAUUGCUUCCAUUAAGGGUGACAUACCUUCUGUUGAAUACCUCUUACAAAACGGAAGCGACCCAAAUGUUAAAGACCAUGCUGGAUGGACACCAUUGCAUGAAGCCUGCAAUCAUGGGCAUCUGAGGGUGGUGGAGUUGUUGCUUCAGCACAAGGCGUUGGUGAAUACCACUGGGUAUCAGAACGACUCACCGCUUCACGACGCAGCCAAGAAUGGACACGUGGAUAUAGUCAAGCUGUUGCUGUCCUCCGGAGCCUCCAGGAAUGCCGUUAACAUAUUUGGUCUGCGGCCUGUGGAUUAUGCAGACAGUGAAAAUAUGAAGUCGCUGUUGCUGCUACCAGAGAAGAAUGAAUCAUCAUCAACUAGCCGUUGCUCGGUAAUGAACACUGGUCAGCGCAGAGAUGGACCUCGUGUACUUAUAGGCAGUGGGCUUUCUUCAGAACAACAGAAAAUGCUUAGCGAGCUUGCAGUAAUUCUUAAGGCUAAAAAAUGUGCUGAGUUUGACAGUACAGUAACUCAUGUCGUUGUUCCUGGUGAUACAAUUCAAAGUACCCUGAAAUAUAUGCUUGGGAUUCUCAAUGGAUGCUGGAUCCUAAAAUUUGAGUGGGUGAAAGCAUGUCUACAAAGAAAAGAAUGUGAACAGGAAGAAAAGUAUGAAAUUCCUGAAGGACCACGGAGAAGCAGGCUCAACCGAGAACAGCUGUUGCCAAAGCUCUUUGAUGGAUGCUACUUCUAUUUUGGGGGAACCUUCAAACACCAUCCGAAGGACAACCUUAUUAAGCUUGUCACUGCAGCCGGGGGCCAGAUCCUCAGCAGGAAGCCCAAGCCAGACAGUGACGUGACUCAGACCAUCAAUACCGUGGCGUACCACGCCAAGCCCGACUCUGACCAGCGCUUCUGCACACAGUACAUCAUCUACGAGGACUUGUCUAAUCAUCGCCCAGAGAGGGUUCGGCAGGGCAAAGUUUGGAUGGCGCCUUCCAGCUGGUUCAUAGAUUGUGUGAUGUCAUUUGAGUUGCUCCCUCUCGACAGCUGAAUACUGCACCAGAUGAGCAUUUCAAAUUGAACUUAUACGGUGUGAGAACCCAGCCAUUGCACUGUUCUCAUCAUUCAUAUUUUUACAGAUAGGUAGACUCAUUCAUAUAUUUUUUUUUUCUCGAAUGAAAAAGAAAUUUUAUGCCAGAUUGGGAAAUCAUUCUGUGUUUACCCUUUAGACGCUGGGAUUGGUUUGAAGAAUUUUUCAUUUUAAAACUGGCAUAUGUUUUGAUUCAUCAUGUCUUUCUAUUCAAAUGAUCAGCUAUCAAAGAUUAAUGAGAGAGUAUCAGAACUGUUGGUUAAAUAUGCAAGUGGUAUCGUUACUGCCUCAGCCUUUUAAUGUUCUUUGAUGAAAAAAAUCCACACCUGCCACCAGCAAAAAUGCUUCCCAUUUUUUGGUAAACGAAGAAUAUUUUCAAAUAAUUUGUUCUGGCUUCAUUGUAAUGAAAAUAGUGUACCUGGUCUAAAUGUGCCACCAUAGAUGUCAGAUUCUCCUCCUGUGUACGAUUGUUGUUAUCUUACAUUGUGUUUAGUUUCUUAUAAUUUGCUUCAAUGUCUGUUCCUACGUUUUUAUUCCUUAUUUUUAUCUUGUCUAUUCAUCAAGAAAUCAUGAUUUAAACCUUAACAUUAUCAUUCUUUGGUGGUGAAACUCAACAUUGGGCUCAUGGUACAUAUUUUUAUUAUAUACACUUGCUUAUUGUUAACUAUCAAUUUAUAACUGUGUUUAUCUACAAUAUAUGUAUAUAUACUUAAAGCAUUUUCGCUAACACAUUUUAGUGUCUAUUCUGUGGAAGGUCUCACCAGACUAGCAAAUUGUCAAUCAAAUCUUAAUAAAUUAAAUUAGGAAACAGUCUUUUUCUGAUAGACCUUGCUGCAUGUUGCUAAAAGAAGUUUUUUGAAGUUCUUAAUUUCUUCCUUUGUAAAGUUUUUUUAAUUUUUAGAUUGCUUUGGAGGCAAAAGUUGGGGAUUACUAGAACAGGUUUUGUCCAGAUGAUACAAAAGGCCCUAACAAUAAAUCUAAAGGUAGGAGUGGGAAGGGCUUGCUCAUAAUACCAAGACAGUCAGGGCUGAAGAGUAGUGGAUGGGACACCACUCGAGAAGGGGGAGGCUGGGGAGAUUACUCUGGUCUGAGUGUUCUCGCCUGUGAAUCGACAAGCUAGAUUAUAGAUUAGAUCAUUUUAAGACAUUUUUUUAGAAGCAGAAUUCUUUAGUAAGUCUUCCUAGAAAUUGACUGUACUUAUAAAAUUAAAAACAUGGGAAGGGAGAUAUUGUGAGACCUGCUGGUUUGGUCCCUCCUGGGCUAAAAACAGUUUGAUGACCACUGCAUUAGAAUACUGAGAGUGUGAAGUUAAUGAACAUUAUUAUAAGAUCCAUUUAUUUGGAAAAUUGAGAUCUGCUGAUUAUUUCAAAAUAAAUUUUACUUUAAUUCCUUCUUUGACAUGUUACUUUUUCAUAUUGAGAAGUAUAUUAUGUGAACACGAUAGUAUACCGCUGACCCGACCUUCAAGGGUGCAUCGGCUCUGACACACUCUCUCCAACCAGUACUGUUUGUGUCCCACGUGUCAUUCUAAUGGAGAGUGGUGAACACCACAGCCCCAAACAAAUCUAAGGGGUUAGAUAAUGUCUGGAUCAAAUAAUUUAAGACUCCCGGGGAUGUGGGUUGUCAUUUUUAUUUAUAACUGACUUCCAGUCACUUUCUGUUGCCUCAUUGGUCACAUUCCUAGACGGGUUUGUGUCUCUUCCUCUGAUCCGCAUCCCUGUUUGUAAAGACACCUUUUGGGGCUGCUACUCGCUUUUCUUCAUUCAUUUUCUUGGUAUAUCCCCGUCCCUCUCUGUCCUAGUUUGUCCCCCACUAUUAAGCAGUUUUAUUUUUGGUUUCUCUAAAUAUUUGUUUUGACAGCAGUUGAUUGAUGUUAAGCUCUUGAAACUUGUACUUUCUGUAUAGGUAAACUGGUAAUUAUUUUCAUUUUUCAAUCAUAGAUCCAAGCUGCCUUUUUAUUUACCAUAAAUCAUUCAGAUUAUUUGUGCUUCCAUAUCUCUGUAUCUUCUAUCGCAGUGGCUUAUUCUGCACUGUUGAAGAAUGAGACUCAGCAAGACUUGUGAGGAAAUCGUUCAGCCGACAGAAGCUUAUCUUUUUGAACACUAAUGCUUUUUAAUUAAUUUUGGAUAGAAAUAUUUCUAAAGUAUAUUAGAUACUUUAUUACCUUAAAUAAAUUUUUCUGAAUACAAUGUAA